UGAAUUCUUCAUGCAAGCAGAUACCCAACUAGCCCAAUAAUGGCUACGGAAAUUCCCAAGCUUCAGUAUCUCUGCCUAAGUAUGCUUCCCAUAUGAGAAUCGGGGGCAACCCGCACUUUUUCUAACCCGCACACAUAACCUGCAAUCACUCCAAGGUGCAGGUUCACCAUUGGAAAAAUCCUCCAUCAGUGACCCACACAACAAGUCAAUCACACAAGAAGACGUUAUCUACGAUGUCUGAUCCUGACCAAUUAACACACGUCAAGGCUGAUGACGAAUCUUAUGACGUAGUGGACAGAGACCAAAACGAGUUUGAUGACGAUGCCCUCGAAAACUCCGUGAAUGAGGAGGCUGCACAACAAGAAGAGGACAAGCAGAAUCUUAAGCGUCUGCGUGAUACAGAAGAGCAAGGCGAGGGAGGAGACGAGGAUGAUGAUGAGGAGGAGGAAGAAGAAGACGAGGAUGAUGAUAUCACCAACAAGAAGAGAAAGAGAAGAAGAGCUGCCAACCAGUUCGUUGAUAUCGAAGCAGAAGUCGAUGACGAAGAAGAAGACGAGUUGGACGAAGACGAUGAAGAGGCCGAACUCUUGAGGGAACAGUUCAUUUCUGAUGAUCGUGAUAAUGCCGAAGGCAAUGAUGGAGACAACCAGGACGAUAGAUUGCACAGACAGUACGAUCGUCGUCGUCAGGAAGCCGAAGAUCAGAAUGCUGAAAAGUUAGCAGAGACCUUAAAGCAAAGAUACAGAAAGACCCACACCGUCUACAGAGGUGAUAGUGCUACCAGUGGAACUGUAUCCCAAAAGUUAUUGAUGCCUUCUAUCAACGAUCCUUCCAUUUAUGCUAUCAGAUGUACCCCUGGCCGUGAAAAGGAAUUGGUGCGUAAAUUGUAUGAGAAAAAGAGAACUUUGGAUAGACUGAACCGUCCGUUAGAUAUCUUGACUGUUUUCCAAAGAGAUGCAUUCAAGGGUUACAUCUAUAUUGAAGCAAAGAGACCCGAUGCUAUUGAUAGUGCAUUGGUCGGAAUGGUUAACAUCUUCGCCAGAAACAAACUCUUGGUUCCAGUCAAGGAAUAUCCAGAUUUGUUGAAGCAAGUCAAGUCUUCUGAUGUCGAAAUUGUUCCUGGAAUUUACAUUAGAAUCACCAGAGGAAAGUACAAAAAUGAUCUCGCAAUUGUGGAUAACUUGUCAGAAAAUGGUUUGGAUGUCCGUUGUAAGUUGGUCCCAAGACUAGACUAUGGAAGAAAUGACGAGAUUGAUAAAGAUGGAAAGAAAAUAAAGCUGAAGGUUAGACCACUUCCAAGAUUGUUCAACGAACAAGAAGCCAGAAUGUAUGAUGGUGAAUUCUUGCAACCAGGAAGAGGACCUCGUAGUUUUGUUUACAGAGGUGAAGAAUACAAUGACGGCUUUCUCUUCAAAGAUUUCAAAUUACAAUUUAUCCAAACUAAAGAUGUCCAUCCUUCAUUAGAAGAACUCGAUAAAUUCCAAGCGGGUAACAGUGAAGAAGAUGGGUUGGACUUAGCUGCUAUUGCUGCAUCAUUAAAGAGCAAAAACAAGUCCGAUGGAAAGCAAUCAACUGCAUUCCAGCCAGGUGACAAGGUUGAGAUUCGUCGUGGUGAACAAGCAAAGACCGUUGGUUUGGUUGUUGAAGCCUCAUUGAAUGAAAUUACUAUCUCGGUUACAUGGAGUGGUGAUCCAAAGUUCGUAAAUCAAAAGUUGACAGUUCCAGCCAAUGAUUUGAGGAAGAUUUUCAACGAGGGUGAUCACGUUAGAAUUGUCGAGGGUAAACAUUUCGAUGAAACAGGUUUGGUUAUCAAGAUUGAUGGUGAUUCCGUGGUCUUAGUUAGUGACCAAACCAGAGAAGAUGUGAGAGUUUUCGCAAACUACUUGGUUAAAGCCACUGAUUCUUCCCUGAAUAUCGACACAAUGAACAGUAAAUAUGACAUUAAGGAUUUGGUUGAAUUGAAUGCCUCAUCUGUCGGUGUUAUUGUGAAGGCAGAAAAGGGUAUUUUCGAAGUUCUUACCUCAGAUGGUAGAAUUUUGCCUAUGAAACCUUCAGGUAUUGCAUCCAAAUUGCAAUUAAGUCGCCGUGAACAAGUUGCCACAGAUAGAAAUGGUUUCACUGUCAAGGUGGGUGAUACCGUCAGGGAAGCUUUGGGAGACAAAAAGAAAGAAGGUGUCAUUUUACACAUCUACAAGAACUCCUUGUUCAUUAAGUCCAAUGAAGUGGUGGAAAACUUAGGUAUUUUUGUCACCAACCGUAUGGAUGUUAGUACCAUCACCACCAAAGAUUCCAUGGUAUCCAAGAGUUUGGGCCCAGACUUGAGUCGUAUGAAUCCUAACUUGAAGCUCCCAAACCCAGGCGCUGCUACUGCAGGUUUGAAAACCAGAGUUGGAGGACGUGACAAGCUUCUUAACAAGGAUGUUGCUGUCACGAGUGGUAGUUACAAGGGUUUGAAGGGUAAGGUUGUGGAAACAGAUGAUAUUAAUGCUAGAAUCGAGUUACACACCAAGAGUAAGAAGAUUAAGGUGAAUAAGAACAGUUUGAAUGUUUUGAUCCGUGGAGAAGCUAUCCCAUACUUGAGAUUCAUUGGAGCAGCAUCCAAUGAUGCUCCUCAGUUCAACAAGCCUUCAGCCCCUGCAUUCAGUUCUGGGGGAAGAUCUUCCUGGAACGGUGGCGCUACCCCAUCUGUUGGCGGUGGUGGGUCUUCGUCUUGGGGUAAUGCAGGAGGUGCUUCAUCCUGGGGUGGUGCAACCGCCUGGGGUGGUGGUAAAACUCCUGCCUACAACGGUGGAAAGACUCCAGGAGCAGGAGGAGCAUCCACAUGGGGAGGAUCUGGAGGAUCUUCUAGCUGGAACCAAAAUGGAGGUAACUCUACUUGGGGUGGAAGCGGUGGCAAUGGCGGAAACUCCACUUGGGGUAGCAAAGGUGGUGCUGGAGGUAACUCGACGUGGGGUAAUAAUAAUGGAGGCAACUCUUCGUGGGGAAAUAAUAAUGGAGGCAACUCGUCCUGGGGAAACAAUAAUGGAGGCAACUCCACUUGGGGAUCCAGCGGAGGAAACUCUAGUUGGGGAAAUAAAGGAGGAAGAAGUUCAUGGGGACAGCAAUAACCCAUCAAGAGUUGCUGGCAAGCACUUGACUAUUUGUAUAUUAUGAAGUCUAUUAAUAUAUUGUACAUUAAAAAGCUAACAUUUUGGGAUGUAGAUACAAUUUUGAUGUGCCAACUGAGAUUCCGAUGUGUGUUGAUGUCAGUUCAUAUCUGAUUAGGUAGGGUUGUGAAAUUGCUACACCCAUCCAAAAGGUUUAGUCUCAAAUCAUCCUCUUGCAAGCUUUAGAGCCCAUUUCAUAGCUUUGAUUUUAUUACCAGAAUAGUUUUCCUAGAUUGAUUUGCAAUGGUUUCAAUUGUUCUCACAUCCUGGA